AUGUCGGUCACUUUAAACGCGUGGUAUCUGGCCGUGCUUUGCACUUGCAUUACGCUCCUCUACCAGCUCAUCACCGGCAGCGAUGGCGUCAGCUCCGUGUUCGGUCUAUUGGGCCUUGAGGUACUGUUCUUGGCACUCUGGGUCGGAUACUGGAUCGUUCUGUAUCCGACCUACUUCACGCCUCUGCGCCAUCUUCCAACUCCGCCAAAGAGAAAAUACCUCACGGGAAACAAGGACAUCUACUUCCUCGACAACCCCUGGACCGACUUCCCCAACGUCGUCAAGUCGAUUCCCAACAAUGGCUUGAUCCGGUACUAUGGCGCCUUCAGCCGCGAGCUGGUCCUCGUGACCAAGCCGCACGCGCUGCGCGAGAUGCUGGGCGUCAAGGCGUACGACUUUGGCCACUCGAGCCUCGUCAAGCUGGCCAUGAAGCGCUUCACGGGCAGCAACUUGGGCUUCAUUUCCGACGAGGAGACGAAGCGCCACCGCAAGAGCCUGCUGCCUGCCUUCACGACGGCGCACAUCCGUGCCCUCGUCCCGCUCUUCUGGAGCAAGGCCGAGGAGAUGACGGCGUGUUUCGACGACGAGCAGACGGCACGGGGCCCCGAUGCCGUUAUUUCACUGGGCGAGUACGGGUCGAGAGCCACGCUCGACGGGAUCGGUCUGGCGGGAAUGUCGUACGAUUUUGACACGCUGCAUAAGCCCGACAACGAGCUGCGAAGGCGCUACAAGAAGAUGAUCAUGGAGCCCACCCGCGCCUUCUACUGGAUCGAGCUGCUGAGUCACCACAUUGACUUCCGUCUGCUGCUCAAACUACCCUUUAAGAAGAACCUUGAGGUGGUAGAGGCCAGUAACUACCUCCGUGGCGUCGCCCGAACCGUCAUUGACGAGCGUAAGAAGGCGCUGCUCGAGACGAAGAAGGGAGGGGAUAGUGGGGAUGUUGUUGGCUCGGUGGAUGGCAAGGACAUCAUCACGGUCGCGCUGGCCAGCGGCUCGUUCCAAGGCGAGCAGCUCGUUGACCACGUCAUGACGUUCCUCACAGCCGGUCACGAGUCGACUGCCACGGCCUUUGAGUGGACCAUGUACGAGCUGGGCCGAAACCCCGAAAUCCAACAGCGCCUGCGUUCUGAGAUCAGACAAGCCCUCAACUCCAAUGAUUCUUGCGAUGAUGCCGGCAACCCGAGAUCGAACCCGGGCACCAUCGUGCAAGAUCUGCCAUACCUCCACGCCGUGCUGAGCGAGGUGCUCCGGCACUACCCCUUCAUCCCGCUGCUCGUCCGCGUCACGCAAAAGGACACGUCCCUCGUCGGUCAGCCCAUUCCCAAGGGCACUCCCGUGUUGUACUCGGCCAUGGCCAUCAACCACGACGAGCAAGUCUGGGGCCCGGACGCUCACCAGUUCCGUCCGGACAGAUGGCUUUCGUCAUCUCCUGACAACAACCAUAACAACUCACAGCACCUUGGCACCAUGGGCAAUUUCUCGAUGCUGACGUUUGGCGCCGGUAGUAAAUCGUGCAUAGGUCACGCUUUUGCGCGCGCCGAGCUGGCGUGUUUGGUGGCGGCUGUGGUACAGAGAUUCGAGAUUGAGCUGGUCAAUGCCGACACAGCUGGCGGCAUCAAGUUUGGGUUGACGAACAAGUCGGCCGAAGGAAUGCUUGCGAGAUUGAGGCCUGUAAGCCAAUGA